UCAUUGGCGUUUUAACUGUGGACGGUUGCUACUCGCAUUCGCUGGCGGAUUAACGGCACACACAAAUAUAUAUAUUACGGAAAAUUUAGCGCAAAUCUAACCAAUAUACUGCUACAAACAUUCCGAUAAAUCGAAACCAACCCAAAAACAAAAACCAAUUUAAAAAAAUGUUGUACCAAAGCAGUUGAUUAAGAAAAACUUAUAAAAAAACCAAAAAAUAAAUAAAACAAAAUCAAUACCAAUAAUUACAUUUAUUAAUAACAUAAAUUAAUAUUCAUAAAGAUAAGGCGUUCAAUACUUAAUCGUAAAGUUUAAGCAGCAGCUUAAACUAAAGGAAAUACCAAAGUAGUUUAAAACUAGCUUUAUUGAAGAGACAGGACACCCUCCUAUCCAAUUUAACCCAAGUGACAAAAACAAGGAACUAAGAAAAUCAAAUCGUAAAUUCAAACACAAAAAUGGCCGAUAAGAAAAUUGGUGAAUAUUAUGCGCCACCGCCGAAAAUGGGCAAGUGGGAGGGUUUCAAAAAAUUCAUAUGGAACAGUGAAACUAGCCAAUGCCUUGGACGAACCGGUUCCAGUUGGGCAAAAAUUCUACUAUUCUAUAUUAUAUUCUAUGCGGCGUUAACCGGAUUCUUUGCUGCCAUAUUUGCGGUGUUUUACCAAACAUUGGAGAGCGAUAAGCCCAAAUGGAUGUUGGACAAUGGUUUAAUUGGAUCCAAUCCAGGUCUUGGCUUCCGACCAAUGCCACCAGAGGCGAAUGUUGAGAGCACUUUAGUUUGGUACGAAUCAUCGAAGAAAGAUAAUUAUAAGUAUUGGGUUGAUGAAACUGCACGAUUUUUGAAAUAUCACACCUACGAGGAUCUGCCCAAAAAGAAUCAAGUGAACUGCUCUUUUGAGCAACCACCACCCGAGGGUAAAGUAUGUGGCAUUGAUGGAGCAUCCUUCUCGCCCUGCACCUUGGAUAAUAACUUUGGCUAUCAUGUGGCCAGGCCCUGCAUAUUCCUCAAGCUAAAUAAGAUUUACAACUGGGUGCCGGAAAUUUACAACGACUCAAAAAAUUUGCCCAAUGACAUGCCCGAGGAAUUGAGGCAGCACAUCAAGGCAAAGCAGAGCUUGCGACCAAAUGAAACUGGCGUUGUUUGGGUAUCCUGUGAGGGCGAAAAUCCCGCCGAUGUUGAGAACAUUAAGGCACGCGACUAUUAUCCACGUAUGGGUUUCCCGCAUUUCUAUUUCCCGUUCAAGAACAUUGAGGGCUAUAUACCGCCAAUAGUUGCCGUGCAGUUCACCGUUGAAACUGGCGUCUUGAUCAAUAUUGAGUGCAAAGCCUGGGCCCGUAACAUUAACCAUGAUCGCUCAGAUAGGAGAGGAUCCGUCCACUUCGAGUUGAUGGUGGAUUAAGAGAAGCAACAUGACGAAGGUGAAAUGGGAAGGACAAGGAAAAGGGGAAACGAAGAGGAAAGUGGAAUAAAAAUGUGAAGCUACACAGAAACAAACCCAGACACCAACACAACCAGAUACACACACACAGACACACACACACUCGCGCGAAAGUAAGAUGAAGAAAAGUUAGAAAGAAGAAACCCCAAAAAGUAGCAGCAAAGCAAAGUAAACAAAAGUUUAAAACAAAAACCCGAGAUACAGCAACAACCAAAGAGAAAACAUUAACAAAAGCUACAAAGGAAAAGCAAACAAAAAAAAAACAUCAAGAAAAUUAUGAAAAAAAGGAGAAUAAAAACUAGCGCUAACUAAGCAAGACAAAUAUGUUAAUGAUAAAAAAAAUGAAACCCAACGCUACCUUAAACACACCCACACAUACACCCACACACACACACACACACACACAAUUACACAGGAUAUAAAAACUUAAUUUGUUAGGAGAAUUUUAUUUAGUUAACGAUUUAGGCAAAAAAGAACAAAUGACGAAAUAAAUUGCAAAAAAAAAGAAAGAAACAAAAAAAUCGGCAAGUCACAUAAUUUAGCGCAAAUAUUGUUAUAUUAUCAACAUAAAAAAGAACAAGCUAAAAACAUAUACAAAUAAAUCUACAGCAAAUUUAAUUGUUGUUAACAAA